GUCCGCCCACAUUUAUCAAUUAUAUAUAAGACUGAGAUGUUCUGUUCAGCAACACUGUGUUCUGAUUGAACUGUUGGGGAGAGAAUCACCCAUGAUUUGCUCUGCAGCAGCAUUUCAUCUCAGAUCACUUUGACACUUUGGCAUCCCCAGAAGCAGUCUGCCACAAUGAGGUUUCUAAUCUCACUGUGUGCGUCACAACUCCUGUUGAUUAACGUUGCAUUUGGCAAUGAUCCUUGUUACAACUAUGAAUCUCUGGAUCGUCCCUGGAGAGCCACAGAGGAAACUGGACUUUACGUUUGUGAUGAAUAUUUCUCCUGGAACGGCUGGUACAGACUUUUCUACAAUGGAAUGGAUAUCCGGAUGCCAGAGCACUGUGUGAACGCAGGCAGCUGUAACACAGAUUACAGUCUGUGGCUCAAUGGUUCUCACCCUCAGAUAGAGGAUGGAGAGGUGAUCAUGGAGGUCUGUGCAAGCACAUUAUAUGACUGCUGCUCUUUCGAAUCAACACCCAUCAGAGUCAAAGCUUGCCCGGGCGAUUACUAUGUCUAUGAACUUGUCAAUCAACAGUAUGAGUGUUCAGGAUACUGCACAGAUAUCAGCACAAUAUCCCUGACAACUUCCACUUCAAGUCCAUCUACGAUUAGUGGAUCCAGCCUUUCCAUGUCUGCCAUCGACAUAGAUUAUGACCCAUGCUUCAACUACAACAUUCUUGAUGAUUACUGGAGAAGCACACUCAAUUACUGGUAUCAAUCUGGAUAUAUGUCUGGACAUGAUGACACGCGUGUUGAAUGGCAUGGCUGGUAUCGACUCUUCAUUAAUGGUUCGAGUGCACAGAUGCCUGAGUGGUGUUUCAGUCAUAUGUCAUGUGGAGGUUUUAGUUCUCUGUGGCUUGGUGACCCUCAUCCUCAGCCAGAAGAUGGCGUUGUUACUCGUGAAGUCUACAGCUCUGUUAAUGACCAGUGCAGUUACUACAGAUCUGACCCAAUCCAAGUCAAAGCCUGUCAAGGAAAUUAUUAUGUCUACAAACUUAAAAGUCCAAAGCCAUCGAUCCCAUUGCCUGUAUAUUGUGCAGUUCCAUUCAACACUCCAAAUACUGAUCCCUGCUACGACUACAACAGUGUCGACGAGCCUUGGCGAGCCACUGACUAUAAUUAUAUCACUAAUAUAUGUGAUUAUAAUGUCAACUGGAACGGCUGGUACAGGCUCUUCUACAAUGGUCAGAGUGUCCAGAUGCCAGAUUCAUGUGUUGGUUCUGGCAUGUGUGGCACAGACAAACCACUUUGGCUUGAUGGCCCUCACCCACAGCUGGAAGAUGGAGUUAUUACUCGACAAGUGUGCAUUUCCACAUUGAAUGACUGCUGUGAUUACAAAUCGCAUCCAAUACGAGUCAAAGCUUGUCCUGGAGACUAUUACGUGUAUGAGUUUGUCAGGCCACAAUUGUGUUCAUCUUACUGUGCAGAUGUCUCAAGCCUCAGCAGCUCAACAUCUACAACACCACCUACAACAACAGUUGCAGUUAUACUCCCAGAAUCCAUUACUCCGUCUGUCACAGACACAGCCCUCCACUUUGACCCCUGCAAUAGCUACACUGCGCUGGAUGAGCCAUGGAGAGCCACAGACAAUCGAUAUACCUUCAAUUUAAUGUGUGACGCUUAUGUCAGCUGGGUGGGCUGGUAUCGUCUCUUCAUUUAUGGCCAGAGCGUUCAGAUGCCAGACACAUGUGUUGAUCGGCUAAGCUGUGGCACUCACGCCCCACUUUGGCUAAACGGUCCACACCCACGAAUCGAGGAUGGAGUGGUGACCCGAGAUGUCUGCGGUCACUGGUGGAAUAACUGCUGUGGUUUCCAGUCAAAUCCCAUUAGAGUGAAAGCCUGCCCAGGCAAUUACUACGUCUAUGAGUUUGUUAGACCAAAUUUCUGUUAUGGGACCUACUGUGCAGAUGUUAGGAACAAUAGCAUCAGCAUUCCUACUUUCACUCCAGAGACAACUUUGGCUGAGGCUUUCCGCACUGACCCCUGCUACAACUACAGAGCCCUGGAUGAUCCUUGGAGAGCAACAGACAGUCACUAUUCAUACAAUUGUGAUGCUAGUGUUAAUUGGGAUGGAUGGUAUCGUCUCUUCAUUGCAGGCCAGGAUGCUCGGAUGCCAGAAACAUGUGUUAAUCAGUUUAGCUGUGGCACUAUUGCCCCACUGUGGCUAAAUGGUCAACAUCCACGAGUCGAGGACGGUGUGGUCACCCGUCAUGUCUGUGGCCACUGGAACAAUGACUGCUGCAAUUAUGAGUUUAAUCCUAUGAAAGUGAAAGCAUGCCCAGGCAAUUAUUAUGUGUAUGAGUUCAUAAACCCAGUGUUCUGCUAUGUGGCAUACUGCGCAGAACUGACGAAUAUCACUUCUAUAGAUGUCACGCCACACACCACCCCGACUGGUAAUUUAAUGUUCUCUGUCCUCUGA